GGCUCGGGUGCCCGGAGCUGGCGGCGGAAAGGGGGCGAGGACGGCGAUUGCGAGGGCGGAGCGCAGCGCGGCGCGGGCAUGGACGCGGAGUACCCUGCGUUCGAGCCGCCGCUCUGCAGUGGCCUCAAGCAGCUGUGCCGGCGGCUGCAAGAGGCGUACCGCGAGCUCAAGGAGGACCUCGCGCCAUUCAAGGAUGAUCGCUACUACAGGUUGGCACCCAUGCGGCUCUAUACUCUCUCCAAGCGCCACUUCGUCCUUGUGUUUGUUGUCUUCUUCAUCUGUUUUGGACUGACCGUCUUUGUCGGCAUCGAGGGACCCAGAGUGAUCGAGACUUUGCCUGCUAAUUAUUCACUGAGUAGUAGCAAAAAGCUAAAGACAGUUAUACCUUCAAACCCACUGUCCACAUAUAACCAACAACUAUGGCUGACAUGCGUUGUGGAGCUGGAGCCCUCAGAAGAAACAUCUAUCCAAACCAGCUUCACCAUGACAGUGAAGGUCGAUGGUGUGUCUCAAGAUGGAACCACAACAUACAUCCAUAACAAGGUUCACAACCGGACGAGGACCCUCACAUGUGCGGGGAAAUGUGCAGAAAUCAUCGUGGCCCACCUUGGCUACCUGAAUUACACGCAGUACAGGGUUACUGUGGGGUUUGAGCACCUGAACCAGCCCAUCAAGGAUAUGAACUUCACGUGGAAGACAUACAGCCCUGCGUUUUCCCGGCUGGAGAUCUGGUUCCGCUUCGUGUUUGUGGUGCUCACCUUCAUCGUGAUCUGCCUGUUUGUACAUUCCCUGCGCAAGUUCUCCAUGAGGGACUGGGGCAUCGAGCAGAAGUGGAUGUCUGUCCUCCUGGCCCUGCUGCUGCUCUACAAUGACCCUUUCUUCCCACUCUCCUUCUUGGUGAAUAGCUGGUUCCCAGGGAUGCUGGACGACUUCUUCCAGUCUCUGUUCCUGUGUGCCCUGCUGCUCUUCUGGCUGUGCGUGUAUCAUGGGAUACGGGUCCAGGGAGAAAGAAAAUGUUUAACUUUCUAUUUGCCUAAGUUCUUCAUCGUUGGACUGCUGUGGCUGGCUUCUGUCACGCUGGGAAUAUGGCAGACAUUUAAUGAAUUAAAUGACCCCAUGUACCAGUACCGGGUUGACACCGGAAACUUCCAGGGCAUGAAGGUCUUCUUCAUGGUGGUGGCUGCUGUGUACAUUUUAUACCUUCUAUUCUUGAUAGUGCGAGCAUGCUCCGAGCUCCGUCAUAUGCCUUACGUGGAUCUCAGGUUAAAGUUUUUGACUGCGUUGACCUUUGUAGUGCUUGUUAUUAGCAUCGUCAUCCUCUACCUACGGUUUGGAGCACAAGUGUUGCAGGACAACUUCGUAGCAGAACUGUCGGCUCACUACCAGAACUCAGCGGAAUUCCUGUCUUUCUAUGGCCUGUUGAACUUUUACUUGUACACGCUGGCCUUUGUGUACUCUCCAUCGAAGAAUGCCCUGUACGAGUCCCAGCUGAAGGAUAACCCUGCGUUUUCCAUGUUGAACGACUCUGAUGAUGAUGUGAUUUAUGGGAGUGACUAUGAAGAAAUGCCCCUGCAGAACGGCCAGGCCAUCCGUGCCAAGUGUAGGGAAGAGUCGGACAGUGACUGAGCCCCGGGCAGCAGAUGGGACAGCAGGGGGCCAGAGGCCUGCCUGAGUGACGCAUUCUGGCCCCUUCUAUCCGUUUGUGUCUGGACUCCUCUGUAAGCAAAGGUUUCCUGUUCCUUAUUUGUUUACAUAUUUUUAAAAGAAAACCCAAAUGGAUUGAAAUGUGGGGUGGAGUUUGCUGUGGGGGCAACCCCACUAUUUAAGAAGAGGGGCUGCCUGGUAGAGAAUUCAAAGGCAUAUCCUGUACAUCGACAUCAGGUGCGAUGGAGCCCAUAUGCAGUCAUGAGGAGAAGUUACCCAUUUUUAAUAAAAAGAAUUAUGUACUUUUUCUUUCCUUUUUAAAAAGCAAUUGAGUCUGUGGGAGGCCUGAUGAUCAAGGUCCCAGCGUGGCAGCGAUGACUCUUUCCUCUCUGUGGCAUCGUUCUUGAGUGCCCUACCCUCAAGGGAAGUCUAAGCUGUGCCUGCCUCAGGUGGGCGAUCUGCCUCCAUCUUUUCCAGCACAUGGUGGGGUCAGUAUGCUGACUCAAACAUCUGCAGUGAGGCUUUGAUUGUGUUUGGUGAGCCACAUACAAUAUCAUUUUCAGGAAUGGCAGGUGGCCAGGUUCCCGUCCAUCAUUGCCACCCCCUCACCCCCACCCCCCAGCAGAAUUGCUAUCGAAGUUGAGUCCAGAGUGGGCUGAUAGCCUGGAGGAAGCCCAGGCAGCUACAGGCCAGUAGCGCUGUGGGCAAGGUCCUGUGUCAUGGUGCUCUUCAAGAGUCUGUGUACAGUUAGGAUUGGGUCUCCCUGUGCUGGAGGUGGAAAAUGAGGAGGCCCUUCCCGACCAAAAAUUCUGCAUCUUCACUGAGUGUGAAACCCCCGGAGAGCUCUAUUAUUUUUUUUUUUUAAUCAAAGCUACAUGAAAUACAACUGUAAUUAGAAAUUCUUUAUUGCCAGAAAGACUUUCUGUUUUAACAUUAGGAACUAAAGUAAAGAGAAAGUAAGACAUUUUGAAUGGCUAUAGAGACAGCUGCAGAUGAAGGGACUCGCCCCAAGGUUGUUCUGGGUUUGGAGUGUGGCUCUGUGGAAAACGGAUGUCACCCGCACUGAAGUUCAGCAUUGGAAGUCCUCAGGGCCACCGCCUUCCUUCCCGAUCCUCAGUUUCCCCACACAGCGUCUCUGCGAACACCUGGUGAAGGUAGCAUCCUGCCUGCCUCUGUCUUGGCAAAUCCAGAGGCCCAGUUCCGGUAGAUCCCUCUUCAGGCAACAACACUAUGCUCCUUGGUCUGUGCGCCGACUCAGAUUUCGGCUCUGAGCUGCAGGUUACUGUCCGUGUGGGCCGGACUGACUCCAGGGAUGGAAGAGGUUCAUCCUGCCUGUCUUCUUAAACGUCAUACUUUAAUAUGGAUUCCAUGUGCAGUGGGUUUUUUUUUUUUUAACAAAACAACUUGUAACUAUGAACAUUGGAAUGGAAACUCAUUGCGAGGUAACGGGUUUACAUGAGUUUUGCACUUGCUGUGAUCACUGAGUCUGUGGGGAGACACCGGCAGGGUGUUUGUUAGCAGCCCUUCCCUUGCAGUGGAGCCCUGCAGCUGCCAUCUUAUGGCCGCUGGCUUGUGCUGACCCCAAGAUGUUCUAAUAUGUGAGAGUUUACAUGUUUUCAUCAUUAUAAAUAAGUCUCCAUGGUUUAUAACACUAUUUAUCAGUCAGUGUAAGAUAUUUUAAGCAUUUAGGUACAGACUUCAGAACUUUUAAAAACUGCCCUAUAGUAUAAUUAUAAACUGAUCCUAGUGUCCGUAAAACUAAGGGAAUAUUUUUUUUCUGUGGAAAUAUGAAUUACAAAGCAGCACUCCUAGUGUCGUGUGCAUCAUGUAUUAGAUGCUGUGCAAAGCUCUGCUUACAGAACUAAGACUUCAGUGUGUAGGCAGGAGCUCAGGGGUGAGGUUAACACUAAACUCCGCUGGGACUUUUGAUAGUAACCAGACGACUGUUUUGUUCUGAGGGGAUUAAAAUUUUGUAAACUUAAAUUAUAAGUUCAAAGGGCUGACUAGUUCUUUCAGGGUAACGGUUUGAAUCCUACUGACUUUGGGGUAUUUUUUAUAUUGGUCCAAUCCAGGGGAACCUGGAAGAUGAUGGCUCCCAGAUUCCCGGUGAGAGCUUCAUUAUCCCUGUGGAUAGCAAUCUGCUUGAUUUAUUGUCAAAUCAUUGCAGCAGUGACUUGGUGCCUUCAAGCCCCGUUUGAAAGGCUAGAGAAGAGGCUCGUGAGGCGCUCUCUGUACAGUUACAGACUGAAGUAAGUUUAGGUAUGUAAAGCCAGCCUGCAGAUGGGCAGUUUAUAAAGCAAAUCUCACCAGCCUCGAGUGCUGAACCAUUGAAGGCACAGUUAGGAUAAACAGGUUCAAAUAUGGUUACUAAUCUUUAUAGGAAAACACAAGCACCCACAAAAGAGAGAACUAAGUCCCUCCAUGAGGAACAGCUAUGAGGCUUGAUAUGUAUUGUAUAUUUGAGCGUUUGCCUUAGUGGUUAGAUCUUUGGGGGUUGGGGAGAUGUGGCUCUUUUUUCUUUUUUUUUUUCAGGCCAAAGGAAAAUGGAUGUCGUCAGAAGCCUUGCUGAAUGUUUCUCUUGGUGGCUCGGGUGCUGCUAGGUGCUACCAUUCUGUGAUCUGUCCUGUGACACAGAACAGAUUAAUUCCAUUGUGUGACACAGAGGGAUUUUCUGCUCCUGAAAACUACCUUUUUACAAAUGUCUGUAAAUAUCUGUUAAAUAAAAACACUAGCCUCUAAGUCCAGAAGGAACACUGUUUGGACCAUCAGUGCACCAGUGUUGUCUGAACAGUCAGUCAAGGAAUAAAUGCUUAUUUAUGAAAAACUCAAUAAAACUCACAUUUUGAGAUUUUG